AAUUCCCCCAAAUCAUAAGUUUCAAAUAAUGGUAUUAAAAUUAUUUUAAUUUUAUUUCCAACUUUAAAAUGUGUAUGUUUACACAAGUUUGGUUCGUAUUAUUGUAAGUAUUGUUGUUAAAUUAUAAAUGUAAAAACAUCGUUGACUCAUACUUGGAGUUUUCGGGUGCCUCACUACUUCCGGGAAGUAUCACAUUGCGACGAACUAAUCGAAGCACUAUGAGUAAAUAAGUUAUGACAUAGAGCUGCAUUAAACUCGUGUUAAGCAUACUUUUAGUAACGAUUUGUCAACGUCGAUCGGCUUCUAACGUUACAGUCUCCGCGUGCGAGUUUUCUAUCAGUUGAAUGGACAUGGAUUACAAAAGUGAAACAUGAACAGCUCUGCGAUGCAACUUUUGAAUGAACAGCAUGUCAUAUUUUGAAGUUUACCCUAAAUCAUGUCAAAAUAAUAUUGUGAUGGCAUUCUCACCUGAGAGACUUCGUGAUUUACGAGCAGAGAGCAACCAAAUGGUGAAGGCUCGUCUCCUGUCUUCAAGGCAGCUUCUGGUGGAGGCCCUUUAUCAACUGGGCCCUCUGCUAGACCGCGCUAUUUCUGUAGGCUUGCUUACUACAGAAGACUGUUAUGAGAUUAAUGCUGAAGCGACGCCAACUAAAAAAGCCCGAAAACUUCUAGAAAUCGUUGAUGCUCAGAUGGAUGAGAGCAGCGCCUCAAGCUUCAUGGAGUGUCUGAGGAGCUGCAAAAAAAAUUACCCGCGCUUGCGAUCCUGGCUGUCUUCAGAAGAAGACAUUUCCACUUUGCCAAGUAUUCAGCAAGGUCCAACAGAAUCUCAUUUACAGGCCAACUUCAGCGUUCUGUGUUCACGCCUGGGUUGUUCGGUUCUGCCCAUCUCCUAUGAUCUCUUCUCUAAAGAAAUUCUGACUCAGCUGGAAUUUGAGAAAGUCCAAGCGGUACUUAUUCCAACCCAGCAAGCACAAACCCUGCUGUCCAUCUGCCUGAAGAAAGGAGAAAAGGCUUGCAAGAGCUUUUACACAGCCCUACAUGAUGAGGACGAGCAACUAGCUGAGGAACUCGAUGUUCCAAACCUUUCAUGUAUGUCCAUUAAAAAAGAGGAGGGGGGCUGCAGUCUACCGAUAGCCGUGGAGGAAACAACCGCUCACCCGAGGGGUCUCUCAGAAGGUCUGCAGCAGAUCAUGGCUCAGCUGGGCAUGAGCGCUGGAGAUGAGAUUCGGUUUAAUGUCUGUGAGCUGGGUGUGUUCGUGGGCUUGCCGCGUCGGACAGUCAGAGAGUGUCUUCUCGAAGGUGUCGGCGUUGAAGACCAGGCCCAGCUGGAGGCUCUGGUUUCCCUUUAUGUGGAGAAGACACAGGAUGCAGAAAGGAUGCUGAGCAGAAUGGCAGACCUCAAUCCUCAGGCGAUCCAGCUGUCUGAGAGAGGGUAUCUGCUGUUGAAGUUACUACAAAAGGCAGAGACUGUGCUGCGCAGUGGAACACACAGUCACCAGCAUGGCUGGGACCACCUGCACGAUCAGGACUAUUUACAAACAUGGGACCACCUACAUCCUGGGGAAUACACGGACCAGCGCACCGUGUGGGCCAUCUUCAGCUUUCUGGUAUGGGACUGCAUGGCAGUGGUUUUGGAAAAACCAGAAGCAAAACCCAGCGGAGGCCUACUGGUUAUGAUUAAACAGCUGAGAGCCAGUGGAAGGGUGGAGGCAGCUUUACUGCAGGAGAUGGAGCAGUGUUGGACAGACGGUGAUGCUGAGAGUCUUCUGCAGAGCGUGAGAGUACUAGCUCAGGUGCUGAGGGACCUACAUCCACGCAAGGAAGGUCUCCAGCUGUCCCCUUCAGUUGAGGGGUUGUUUUUCUGCAAACCCAGCAGGCUACACAGGGUCACCUUUUUUCAGGGUGUUUCGGCACGAGUCAUCCGUAAAGCAUUGAGCAGCAUGGCUCCAUCCUCAUCAGAUCAGAACUUAACAGCUCUAGCUAAACAAUACAGGGAAGUGUGUGUUCGCAUUGCACGUUUAUUGAAAGCAGUGCGGCCAAAUAAGGAAAACAUUGACUUGUUGAACGCACCCCUUUCUGCUGUCACUCAACACGUGCGAUUCAUCUUAGCAGAUCCUGCUUUUAGCUCGGAGGCCUUCGAUGCGGGAGUUCACCAUCGUUUGCUGUCCGUGUUAGAGUUUAACCCUGCACAUUUGGGCCUGGGAUCUCUAAUGAGGCUCCACCAGGACACUCUUUCAGAAUUGGAAAGCUACUUGCAAAUAGGAGACCACCACAACUUCCAGUUUGUUCUGGAAUCGGUACGGAUACUCGGGCCUGCAAAGCUGUUGUCGGUCAGAAACGUCCAUGGACCCGUCGCCAUCGACAGUGGAGUGGAGGAGGUCCUACAUUUUAGAACAUCAGAACCCACUUCAUUUCUGGUUCGAUUGCACUGCCAGUGCUAUGAAGAGGGAAAAGGAUGCUUCAAGGUGGACUUUCCACGCUGCAUGUGUGUGCCUAUGCUUAAGGCAGAGGGGAUGAUUGAGAAUCAAUGGGUUGGUGGGAACGUUCUGGCUGAGGCCGGAGGAAAAGUGUGGAUCAGAGAGGAGGAAAGGGGUGGGUGGGAUGCGCUACAGACUUUGGCUCAAAGACACAAUGCUCAGAUCAGAGAUGAAGGCUGCUGCUUUAAAGUUAAGACUUCUGGAUUAGAAUGCGAGGUCAAAUUCAUAUACAGGAGUGAAAGGUUGUGGGCGGAGUCUCAUAGGGACUGUGAGGUAAAUUGAAGGUGUUUGGGGAUUGGUUAUGACAUUUCAAACAUAGUGAAUGGAACACAAUAGAGAAUAGGAGUUUGAUGUGCUGUACUUCAUAUACAUGACGUGACGUUAAUUAUUUUGUGUCCGUAUGGUUCAAUUAAAUGUAAAAGGGUUAAAAUUUCAAAAUAAAUUUGCAGAUUACUUGCAUACAAUUCUCUUUUUUGAUGACCAAGUCUAACAUUUCUGGUUUUAUUUUAUUUUGAAAGAAUAUUUGGGGGAUAAUUGCAAAAAUGUCAGUGUGGUGUAACCGGUCUGUGGCAAUUUAUGUAGCUAGUAUUUUUUAAAUGAAAAUAUAAAUAUAUUCAUAAAAAAUGUGGAAUAAAAUAUAAGCAUCUAGUUUAGUGUAAUAGGAUUUUUUUACAUACAUUUUUACAUCAUUUGUCAAAGAUUAUUUAGAAAACAGAGCUGUUUUCAGCAUAUGUCUGGGCAAAUAUUACAAAAAGAC